GUGUCUCCGUGAACGGGAGUGACAACUCCGGCGUGUGAUCGUCUGAGAGUGAGGGUAAAAUAAGGAGAGAGCGCAGACGGCUGCUGCUGCUUGUGCCAUCCGCUAAAGCUGCAGUGACGCUUGCCACAUCUGAACCCCUUUCUUGUUAGACUCAGCUGGAGCUUCCUGUCGCUCUGAGCUGCCUUUGGCUGUGAGGGUGCGAGUCUGUGAAUGGGAUGCCACGAAUAGAUGCUUGCUGAGGAGUGACUGAUGAGAACCAGUGCUCCAGUGUGGAUGGUGACCCACUUGCGUCCGUGCCACCACUACUCGGGGACAUUUAGGCGCCUGGCGGUUCCACGACGUCUAUAAUGGGCUGCAAUCUGUGCACUUUACAGAAGCGAGAGGAACACUACAAGCUGCUGUACGAGAUUGCACAGGUCAACGGGAAGGAGUUGUCCAAAUCCAGCCAUGAGGAGAGUGUGGAGGCCUUCCGAGCUGCCAAGGACCCCGUCGUGGUGCAGGUCAUCAGGCGUACCCACAGCGGCCACCCCCACGGCCCCCCUCAGGAAAUCCAUGUGGUGGACGUGUGCACUCAGACCGACAUCACCUUUGAACACAUCAUGGCACUGGCAAAGCUCCAGCCUUCGACCCCUCCUGUGCCUGACGUCUGUCCUUUCCUGCUGUCUGACAGCUGUCAUUCUCUUCAUACAAUGGACCAAGAUUACUAUGAAGGUACCGACUACCUCUCCCCUGUCGCAGCUGAUGGAGAGAGAACAGAGGAGUUUGAGUACGAGGAAGUUGAACUUUGUCGUCUCAGCACUCAAGAAAAAUUAGGCCUCACUCUGUGCUACAGGACAGAUGAAGAUGAGGAUGUGGCCAUCUAUGUCAGUGAGGUCAGUCCAAACAGCAUUGCUGCGAGAGACGGACGAAUCCGAGAAGGGGAUCGUAUCUUACAGAUUAACGGCCAGGAUGUACAAGACAGAGAAGAAGCAAUGGCUGGUCUCUCCAGUGAUGACUUCAGGAACAUCAUACUACUGGUGGCUCGGCCUGAGAUGCAGCUGGAAGAGGCCUGGCUGGAUGAUGAGCAUAGCGAGUUCCUGGAGCAGCUGAAGAUGGAAAUGUUGGAGGAGCAGCAGAGGGAAGAGAUGGAAUUAGCUGCCUUACAAGAGGAGCAGGAAAAGCAGCAGAAAUCAGAAGAUGACAAACCUUCCUGUUCAACAUUUUCUUACUCAAAGGACAGUCUGCAAAGUGUAAAAGAGAGAAAGGAAAACUCGGACCAUAACGUCUUAGCCCAAAUCCAGAGACGUCUGUCCCGGUGCCUACGAGACAGUCAGGACUCACAUUGUGCCAGUGGUAGCAAACGACUGGAGGACAAUGAUGAGGACAAAGACGAGACGGAGGGAGAUCGUUUCCAGCAACUUUUGGAGCUAAAGUGUCAGAUACGCAACAGCGGCGAGUAUGACCUGUUCUACAGCCGCCGCAGCACAAUUGAGUGCAGCAUGGCAGAGCAGACAGAUGUGCAGCAUGAGCUGCGUAUGCUCAAUGAGGAGCUACGCAGCAUCGAACUUGAGUGUCAGAACAUCAUGCAGGCCCAUAAGCUGCGUAAGAGUCAGCAGUCUCCAUUAAUGGGACGUGCUACAACCUCCAUCAAAAAUCAAAGCCCCAACCAGGGAGAGUCUGUUAAGAGCAAGCUGACUGAAAUUAAUGAGAGGAUGGAAAAGUCUGACAAGGACAGCUCCAGUGCCUACAACACUGCAGAGAGUUCUCGGAGCACUCCUUUGGCAAUGGACCGCUCCCCAGAACACUCUCUGCAGAGAAUGGUUAGUCUCACCAACCAGAGGAACCUCUAUGGAGGGCUUGCUCCUGGUCACUCCCCUAACCCCAGCCCCAUCCCAACCUGUAGAACCAUCGUUCUGGGCAAGAGCAGCAGCCCUGACCACAGCAACCCUUCAGAGUCAGAUCAGACACCUCAGGCUGAUGAGGAGAGUAAAAGGAAGUUAAAACAAUGCACUUCUCGGAUUCCUUAUUUCUCUCCUUCCCACAGUUCCCAGCAGAGGCAGGCCAACAUCCCAGCUCACGCCCGCCACUACCAAAGCUACAUGCAGCUGAUCCAGCAGCGUUCAGCCGUUGAGUAUGCUCAGAGUCAGCUCAGCCUCCUUAGUGUCUGCAAAGAGCCCCAGAGGCCCAUUAAUGAGCCCAAGAUGGAGUGGAAGGUCAAGAUCCGGAGCGAUGGCACCCGCUACAUAACCAAGAGGCCUGUGAGAGACAAGAUCCUGAAGGAGCGGGCCUUAAAGAUUAAAGAGGAGCGCAGUGGGGGAAUGACCACAGAUGAUGAUGCAAUGAGUGAGAUGAAGAUGGGGAGGUACUGGAGUAAAGAGGAAAGGAAGCAACACCUGGUCAGGGCCAAAGAACAGAGGAGAAGGCGAGAAUUCAUGCAGCGUAGUCGGCUGGAAAGCUUGAGGGAGAACCCUCAAAGCAGCAGCGAGGGCCGCAAGGAAGUCAGUAUUAUAGAACUCAGCCACAAGAAGAUGCUGAAGAAACGCAAUAAGAAGAUCUUGGACAACUGGAUGACCAUCCAGGAGCUGAUGACUCAUGGCACUAAAGCCCCUGAGGGAGCAAAGGUGCACAACGCCUUCCUUUCAGUCACCACUGUAUAGGACAAAGACCGCCUACAUUCUACCCCAUGUGGUAAAACAUAUUGCCUCGUUAAAUGUGGCAUUUUUAAGUGGACAGUCGGAGGAGUACUUUUCACUCUUUGUAUCCCAAAAAGCAUUUUUAAAGAGUUUAUCAGUGGCGUCAUGACAUUUUUGUGAUGUUUUUCAAAAUUGUUUUUCACAUGACCUGGGAAAAAUUACAUUUUCUAAAAAACUAUGACAAUUAUUUUAAUACUUCACACUAAACAUGUUUAUCUUUUCAAUUCUAUUUUCAUAUUUAUGUUAGACUCUAUAUUUCAUGAUGGUUGUUUGACAAAGCUCUCAAUAAUUAGUAGGAAACGUUUCUUUUACUUAUGAUUUCAAGGCAUUUUUUGGAGUCAACAGAUUUUAUAUGUCUGUGUUGUGGAGCUGAAGUUGAUCAGGUUCCUCUGUUUUGUUGUCAGAUAGCUGGAAAGUACAAAACAAUCCAGUAAGUCAAAAGUUUAACCAAGCUACAUAAAUCUUAACAGUUUGAUUACUAAAGUGCUUUUAAAUUUGAUUAGGGAAUAAUUUCUGAAAUAUUCAAAUCAUGAAUGUCGAGGAAGUUAGUUAAUAUUGACUUAAUUAAAGAGAUUCUGAACAAUUGGUCUCCUUCUGAUGCUCUUUCACAGUAAAUAUUAGUAUAUUUGAGUAUAUUUUGCAGUUGAAUUCCUCUGUUUCUAUAAGAAGCUAUUAACAUAUUUGUAGCAACAAAUGUAUUUCAUAUGGAUAGCGCUCUCCACAAUUAUCUGCACCCCUAGUAAAACUGUACUAAAUAAUAAAUGUUUAUAAUAAAUUUGGGUUGAGGUUUGUGGACCCCAAAAUGACAGCCUUUGCUGUAAUUCUCUUAAAAAAAUACUUUAAUUGCUAUUCUCUUUUCUCUGCUUGGUCAUAAGGUAAUAUAGGGUCUUCCUCAAGCUGUGUCACAGUUUACAUUUUUAACUUUUUAAAUUAUUGCUCUGACAGUGGCUGUGGGUAAGUUACGGCUAGUAAUCAUUUUUUAACCUAUUUUCUGACUUAUAUAAAUCAACAUACAAAUGCCUUUCUUGAAUGACUUGCUUUGUUGUCUUCGCCAUGUUGAGGAGUGGAUAAUGGACAUGGGCAAAGUCAGGGAAAACACGUGUAAUGGAUUACUGUCUAAGAAGCUCUGAUUAAUUAAAAAACAGAGGGGUAUACAUUAAAAGAAUGUGUCAGUUCCAUUAUUUAAAAGGAAUUGUUGAAGGUGCCAUUGUUUCUCAUUAUGAGAUAUUUUUUCCCACUAAAUGAAUGCACUCAAAUGUUGGAUUUUCUUUCUGUAUGUUUCUGUAAUAAACAUCAAUUUAGUUUAAAGAUUUUAACAAGUCUUUACAAGGGGUGCCAAUGAGUGUGGAAGGUGUCAUAUAUUUUUAAACAAACUAGGCUUACAAAGUGUAUUAAUCUCCAAAAGAAAUAACUCUGUUAGAGUUUAAGCAACAAAAACUUUUGCAACAUUAAGAACUAUCUUUGACAAUUUGGGACCUAAUGUUAAAAAACAAAGUAAUUCCUCAUUUUGCAGCCAAGCUGUUGUUUGUUUUAUUCUGGUGUCUGUCAGCAAUGUAGGACCUGUACCCUCUUAAACAGGAGGCCAUUAACUCCCAGGGGAAAGUCUACAAAAAACCAUGUAGACUCAGCCAGUUGCUACGGACCACCAUGUCAGUAAACUAUUGGAGAAAAUCAAAGCUUUCUGAGAAACUAUCAAAAAUGAAGCACUGAUCCCCUUCCAAGCUUUUGGCUUUGCUUUUUGGGUUUGCAGUAUUAACUGUGAAUGUAAUAGUUCAAAACACACAAAUACAUUCUAAAAUUCGGCUUUUGAUUUUUUUCUUCAGUUUUUAAGGUUUUUACACUAUAACAGGAAUUAUUAUUAUUAUUAUCAUUCAUAUUUCAUUAGAGCGCUAGUUUACACACCACAACUGAAAGAGUGCAUCAGAAAACACAGAAGUGAAUGAAACUCUACUUCACAAAAGCAUUCGGCAGUUAUAAGAUAAAACACUCUUCAUCAUGCAUAUUACAUAUCAAUCUGUAGGGAUUGUUUAGUCUCUGGAUUCAUCUUUUUUUGUUUGCUUUGCCAAACAGAUGGGUUCUUGCAAAAUAUCCCAGCUCCUACAGGAAAAGCGUCAGCUUUGAUCAGAAAGCACAUCAAACACCACCUGAGCAGAGCAGAGCAGGAGAGAAUGAUUUCAAAACGGUAUUAAAUAAUUCUUCAGAACAGAUUCAGUUUUCAGUGUGGUUUCUUGUUUGUCUUUUAGAAACUCAUUAAAAUUCUGAAACUGUGAUCAGAUUUUUUCUUCUUUAAAGAUAUCUUUUUUAUACAUAUUCAAUAACAGAUAAACAUGACUGUACCUUUUACAUGCUGGGGUUUUUUAUACAUUGGUUUAAAGUUCCUUUACUCAUCAUAGCCUUAAAAAGUCUAACCUCAACGAUUGGUGGAUUGAGCUUAUUUUAAAUACAAAUUAUUUUUAUUUGUUUAUCUCUGUGCAGCUAAGCGGUUUUUUUCUGCCUUAUUCACAAUGUAUCAUGUAUAUUAGGAGUAUUUGGUUACUCUUAAAAGACUUUGUAAAGGUGUUCCUGAAUUAUGUUUCCAGUUACAUUUAAGGGACAUAUAUCAUUAUUUUAUCAACUUUAAAUUUUCAAAUGUAUUUCAAAUGUGUUUAUAGCCUAUGAAAGUUGUAAUAAUAUCUAGGUCCAAACUGGAGAAAAAUGAAAAGAAGUAUGAAAGAAAGAAACGAAGCAGAAUGCAGCCAAAAUGUGCUGAAGAGUGAUGGUGUUACGUCUGGAACACACUAUGUAUUACACGAUGGUCACCAAAGAAAAAAGAAAGUAGCGAUAGAAUUCCAGCUGGAAUUAGAAUUCAUAGGAUGAAAUGAAUAUAUUUGGCUAUUUGUCAAGUUAGGAACAGCGGCAGUGCCUUGGAGACGUUACAAGCCGGCACACUACCCGAAGAUUCAAUAGCUCUCUGUGGCAGAUCGUGUCUGCCUGUAAUUUACCACAGUGGUGAAUGCCCCAUUUUAACAACAAAACGUAAAUUUAAAAACGCUAAAAUUCUGUCACUCUGGCAAUUUUAACAGACAUAAAGAUUUCUGCUCCAGUUCUGACCAGCAUUGUUACUCUGAUGUGCACGAGCAUCAACACUACCUUUUUUUUCCCUCACCACUGUGACAUUUGAAUACAUUUUUGUCACCGAACCAUGCACUGCAUUUGAGAGACAUAGCAACGAUGAAUAGAUGAAUUUUCGACACAUAAUCAAAUCAUGUUUUACUUGUUAUUUCAAAGACAUUCUCCAUCACAUCACUUUAACACUGUAAGGUAAUUUUUCACACUAACAUGUCCUGUGGUCCUAACAACUCACCCAAGCUAAUGGUACAUACUGUGGAUCACACUAUAAAAAGUCAUGGUAAAACAACACAUUUUCUUACCUGAGAAACUUUAUUCUUACAAACAACAUCCACUGUCACCUUAGUGGUCCGGCUGCCGACUCAUUGCUAGUUAUUUGUUGUGGCAGUGGCAUUUACUGUGUUGUUUUGUUAUCCCCCAGCCUUGGGCUGCCUUCUUAUUAAAGCUAACAUUACAAUUAUUGCAAAAUAUUUGUCCAAAAAUAGGAAACACUGUUUAAGGUGGUUGAGAAGUCUGCUUCUUCAUCUCUUUCAUAAAUCUCGCCCACUUUUUCUGUACAAAGAAUCUUUGAGGAAAGUAAGAGUGCUCACUCUAUCCAUAUUUUCUAUCAGUUUAACAUGUUACUAAUUGUACUUUUUAACAAGGCCAGGGUGGAUAAAUGAGACAGAGUUCCCUUUUUUAUUGCUGAACACACAUUCACCUCAGAAUAUAAAACAAGAUAUUUUUGUUGCCGUUUAAUCAGUUUUCUGUUUACAACAAUGGUCUUGCUCCGUCACUUCAGACAAUACGCGAUCAUCCAUAUAUGGAAGUGCCUUUCCAUUUUACAGAAACAUGGUUUCAAGGCUCUUUUGCUUCAGGAAAAGUAUAUUUUAAAAUUAAUUGUCCAGUUUGAAAAAGCAAUGAUUGGGAUCUAUUUUUGUUUCUAACUUUAAUAAUGUUUAGGUUUUCUGGCUCUAAAAUUUAAUGAUAUUUGCCCUUUGAACUAGUGUUUGGAUGAUUGCCACUGAGCAGGACUCAGAACACUUUAGAACUGGGGAAACAAAACAUUUUUUUUAAACAAAUGUCUUUAUAGUACAGUAUUAUGUACAGUGCUCAUUGAAAUGCCUCAUUUUUAAACUCAGUAUUGUAAAUUUGAAGUUUAAACCUGUACGUUUUGGAUUAACGUCUGAUGGAGUAAUGCAUAUGUGACCCAUUUGUAGCAAGGUGAAAUGUGUGAUGAUGGUAAUCUUUGCAAAGCAAAUGAUAAUAAAUUAUUGUUUUUGGUAUGACAUC